UGUUGGCGAAACUGCGGCUGUCUGCUGGUUGCACAGACGGCUAGCUCGUUAGCACAGACAGCUAGCCUGUUAGCAACCACAACAACAGAACAACCCGGACCGCUAGCGCUACAAUUGAACCCAACUCAAAGGAGACGGGAUUUGAAUUCUAGUCUGGCCUGCUAACGCCUGCUUCUGGGGGGGGCAACCUGCUUCCAUCUGGCGCCGUGCCGAUGCAGAUGGACGUCAGGGCCGAAGGUUGACAGGUGGAAGUGACGGAUUCCUUCUCCUCACCACAGCCCCCCACCCCAACUCCCGCAACACCUUCCGUCACGCUGGCAAUGUCAAGAGUCCCGAGUCCCCCUCCCCCUGCGGAAAUGUCCGGCGGGCCCGUGGCCGAGAGCUGGUGUUACACGCAGAUCAAAGUGGUGAAGUUCUCUUACAUGUGGACCAUCAACAAUUUCAGCUUCUGCCGUGAGGAGAUGGGCGAGGUCAUCAAAAGCUCCACCUUCUCUUCGGGGGCCAAUGACAAGCUGAAAUGGUGUCUACGAGUGAAUCCCAAAGGCCUGGAUGAGGAGAGCAAAGACUAUCUGUCCCUCUACCUGCUGCUGGUCAGCUGUCCGAAGGCCGAGGUGCGCGCCAAGUUCAAAUUCUCCAUCCUCAACGCCAAGGGAGAGGAGACCAAGGCCAUGGAAAGCCAGAGAGCCUAUCGCUUUGUUCAAGGGAAAGACUGGGGUUUCAAAAAGUUCAUCCGGAGGGACUUCCUCCUCGAUGAGGCCAACGGCCUUCUACCCGACGACAAGCUCACGCUCUUCUGCGAGGUGAGCGUGGUGCAGGACUCGGUCAACAUAUCCGGGCAGAACACCAUGAACAUGGUGAAGGUACCCGACUGCCGGCUGGCGGAUGAGCUGGGGGGCCUGUGGGAGAACUCGCGCUUCACGGACUGCUCGCUGUGCGUGGCCGGACAGGAGUUCCAGGCCCACAAGGCCAUCCUGGCAGCUGCUCACACAUUAACGCCUCUGCUCUCCGUGUUACUGCUUCCAGCGCGCUCCCCCGUGUUCAGCGCCAUGUUUGAGCACGAGAUGGAAGAGAGUAAAAAGAACCGAGUGGAGAUCAACGACGUGGAGCCGGAGGUGUUCAAAGAGAUGAUGUGCUUCAUUUACACGGACAAGGCUCCCAACCUGGACAAGAUGGCUGACGACCUGCUGGCUGCAGCUGACAAAUAUGCUCUGGAGAGACUGAAGGUCAUGUGCGAGGACGCGCUGUGUACAAGUCUGUCCGUGGAAAACGCCGCCGAGAUCCUCAUCCUGGCGGACCUGCACAGCGCCGACCAGCUGAAGACGCAGGCCGUCGACUUCAUCAACUACCAUGCUGCCGAGGUGAUGGAGACGGCCGGCUGGAAGUCCAUGGUGGCGUCCCAUCCUCACCUGGUGGCCGAGGCCUACCGCUCCCUGGCUUCAGCCCAGUGCCCGUUCCUUGGACCCCCCCGCAAGCGCCUCAAACAAUCCUAACAGGACGACGUCGACGCUGACGCAUGCGCACACAUGCGCAUGUACAUACAGAGACACACCGACCCCCUCCCCUCACACAGGGACAUCCCUUCCCCUCGCUGUUGCCCACGACGAUACCUGCAGCCUCCCCCGAAUCUGCCCCAUCCGAACCUGCUGUGUUUAGUCUUUUCAGAAGAUGGAGGAAAGAAGGAAGGAGGUGCAAGAGAGAGCGGCGCGGUUAACAGAAAAAAGAACAAAACCCCUCCCCCCUGACUCCUUGGCGCAGCCUUAGUGAGUGUGUGUGUGUGAAGGUUUAAUCCCUCGAUAGCUCCUACUUUGGAGGCAAAUAGAGAUGACGGACUGUUCCAAAAAGUCUGGAACCGUCUGGAAAUUCAGAGAUUUCAAGGACAGGGGUGGAAAAAUUAAGUCUUCAUGCUUUGUUCUUGGUGUUUGGAGUAGAGCAGCGGGAAAAGUCCCCAAAUGAAUGGACACAUGUGAGCGGCGAAAGUGGACCCGGUAGUCAGAAACGACUAAGAAGAACACCCCCCCCCCCCCCCAAAAAAAGGGCUAGUCCAAAAAGCAGGUGUGGAACGAACUCUUUGUUAAUCCUCCCAAAGCGAGUUGGGGAAACAUUGCACUAAAGUCACAGGUCUCCCUCCCUCGACUCUUACCAGCAGUAAAGACACUGCAGGCGAGCUUCAUGGACUAAAGACCCGGCCGGACCCCCCAGGACAAGCACCCUUUAAGGACAGAGACCACACAUGCUCUCCCAUGUUGAUGUCUGCUCCAUCUACAUCCGUUAAAUUAUUUUAACAAUCGGGGGGGGGGGGGGGGCGCUUAGGCUGGAAAACCAACUGGAAAAAGGUGUGUGUGUGGGGGGGGGGGCUGUUUUUGUAGCCCUUGAGAGAAAAUACUACAGUCCGAGGUGUCUAUAGACAAAGAUGUCAAGGAGACGGCAAAUGGUGGAGAGAAUAAUGUCGAGAUGGUUCCAGAAUGACAUCAGGAGCACGUUAAUGAGGUUUUGUUUCUUAUUUGUUGUUCUCCUCACAACUGUCAUUUCUAUUUUUUUCGUAGGAAUUUGUACAGGCCGUAUUUUUGAAGCUGUGGAAACAAAAAGCAUUUUCAACCAUUAAAUCGGGGGAGAGGGGGGGCAGUGGGAGGUCUUCUUUGCGGGCAUGAAGACUGAGGGGCAAUUAAAUUGAAAUGAACACGUUUUAAUGUUCAGAAUAGACGGAAUGUGAAAGAAAUGCACACUGAGGCAAACCACAUGUCAAACAUUUCAGCCCGGUGGAAAUGAUGGAUCGAAGGAACCGCCGUUUCUUUCCUGUAGAUAAAGCAGUUAUCUGAA